AUGCUGAAACAUAUAUCUCGUUCACAUAGUGGAGGAGGUUCAGGAUUGAGCAGUGGGAGUAUCACCAAGUCUACUGUUCACCCUCAUACCAGGCGGGGAUCGGGUACUCUGGGAUCUAAACCCAACAUCCAAGACUACGAUGAAGAUGACGAUGAUGACGGAGACGGCCAUGAGCGGAAGAGACGGGAUAACAACAAUGAAAAGAUUCAAGAAUUACUAUCAUUGAUUCCUCAGACUUAUUUUGAAGAAGACGAAUCCAUUAAAAAGGAGGGUAGUAGUAUAGAUGAUUUAAGUGGUGGAGCAAGUGGUGGAGGCGGGUUUGGAGUCACUUCAGGAGUCAAAGCAAGUGGUACUAAAGAUGGGAAACCUAAUAAGGGUCAAAUCUUGACCAAAUCUUUAGAUUACAUGAAAGACCUUCAACAAGCUAUUGACCAGAAUAACCAAGAGGAAGUUCAAUUACUUAUGAAGCUAGAGCUACUAAAACGAAAAAAACAUAUAAUUCCAUCAAAUACACCUAUCAAAUUAGGGCAUACAAGCGGACAAUUGGCUUUGGGAAAAAUAGGAGUGGGUUCUGGUGAACUUGUGGAAGAGUAUUUUAAGACAAUUAUUAUUUCUAGUGCUCAUACUAAACGGGGGAUUCAAUAA